CCGCGCUCCACAGUCAUUUGUCAUUCAGAAUAACCACCCACAUCAAUGCUUCAUACCAUAACCCUUAUAAAACUGAGGCCUGAAAUUAACAUCUAGGUCAUACUUUAGUUCAUGCUGCACUGAGAAACAGGUUUGUUGGACAUAAAUACCGGGCUACAUUCAACCGUGUCACCGCGGAAGAGACCGAUUUGUCCUUGGCAGAGUAGGGCAGCGAAAGAAGAAGCCGGCAAGGUUGUUGGGAGAAAAGGAAUAAGUUUUAACCAGGGGGAAUAAAACGUUUUGGAUUUCCUGUCAGUAAAACGUGGCAAAAUGAGCAGCCAGCUAACGUAUGAGGCUUUUGCUGACUUUUUCAUCAAAGCCGAUACCGACAGGAGCAUGGAACUUAGUAUCGAUGAAUUAAUCGAAAGUCUAUCAAAGCAUGGUUACGUGGGCAAGGAGCAGCAAAUUAGGAGAGCGUUUAAGGAUGCCGACACUGACGGUGAUGGGCAAAUCUCAUUUGAAGAAUACAUGACUGCCAUGGGGUUUACCCUUAUCAAGAAACACAAGGGUACUGCCCUUUGGCGAAGCUUCCAAGAAUUCGACAAGUCCAACAGUGGCUUCGUGGUGUAUACCCAGGUGGAAAUUAUCCUCCAGCGAGUACGAAAGCAUUUCAUCUUUUCUGAGUACCGCAAGCUCACCGACCUUGCCGCCAAAAUGAAGGACUCAAACGGGAAACUGAACUACAUGGACUACGUGCAUGAGCUGGUAAAAAUGGGUUUGAUUGAAAUUGAAGGCAUAACGGAGCUCAAGGAGGCCAAGCAGAAAAUAGCCGAGAGAGAGGUGAAGGAGGAGGUUACAGCCCAACAGACACAGCAAGUAACAAUGACAGCUAAACCAGGCGAAACUGUGGCCGCAGCAUCUCCCCUGGAGGAGGCCCCUGGCUUUCCUCGUUUGGCUGUGAACAAACCUGCAGAAGCAUCCACGCAAAAUGCGGCAGCAGGGUUAAAAAUGCCUCCUAAAACGCAACCCAAGCCUGGUCAGGCACCGCCGCCCGGCCAAAAGGUGGCGUCACCAACAUCUCCAGGCCCUAAGUCACCCCCUCCUGUUCCUCCCAAGCCCCAGAGACAGGAUUCUGCAGCAAAAACACCCCCUGCUACACCGCCUGGAAAAGCGGAAACACCAAAAGCAGCAGAGCCGCCACUUCCAAAACAGGAGCCCCCAAAACCAGAAGCACCUAAACAGGAACCCCCUAAACAAGAGCAACCCAAACCAGAGCCACCAAAACCUGCAGCUGAACCAGAGCAACCCAAACCAGAACCACCAAAACCUGCAGCUGAGCCAGAGCCACCAAAACCUGCAGCUGAGCCAAAAGCUGAAGCCGCCUCCGUAAGUGUGCAGCUAGAACAACCAAAACCAGUGGAACCAGAACCCCCAAAACCAGCAGAACCUGAACCUCCGAAGAAAGAAGAACCGGAACCUCCGAAAGCAGCAGAACCAGAAGUUCCAAAAGCAGCAGAGCCCGAACAACCAAAACCAGUAGAACCAGAGGAACCAGCACCGGUUCAAGAAGUUGUCGUUGUUCAACCCGAACCAGAAAAUAAAGCCGAUAAUGAAGCAGAGCAAGCAAAACCUGAAGAACCAAUGACACCCGUAGACGUACAGGUAGCUGAGGUAAAAGAAGUAGCGGAUACCCAGCCAGAAGUUGCAGUUUGUCCAGGGGCCGGGGUUCCAUGGUCCAUCUCUACGCACUAUCUGACCAGGAACGCAAACGAAGCCAUGGGGAUACUUGGAGAUAUUCCUGAACUUGGCUCGUGGCAGCCGAGCCAAACAGUACUUGCCACGGAAAACCCAGCAGGGUCUGGGAACUGGACUUGUUCCCUCAGUUUGCCACCGAAUACUCCAUUCGAGUGGAAAUGGGUCGUUGUUCCACUGUCAAGAGGAUGGGUUUCCCGUUGGGAGUUGGAUCCAAAUCCACCACGAGGAAACCGGAAGUCAAACUCUGGACCUGGGCCUAAAACUGUCCAUUAUGCCUGGAUCGAUUAAAGGCAGCACCUGCAUUUGAUUUUUUACGAUUUAACACUGUAUAAGCUUAGUAAAGAAAUAGAAGUAACAAGAUAGUCAGGGAUUUGGAUUGGGAUAUUCUAACAUUUCUUUGUGAUUUGAUUAUAGCAAGGGAACUGCUUGUUUAAGCUUCCAACAAAUUCUCUUGAAAAUAUGCAAAAGUUAUAUGAAGGUGUGUUAUUGGGGGAUGAGGCUUCAUUUCAUUGUUUUUUACCGUUCAAAGCGUUUAUACUUAUGCAAUUUUUUCGUAAUUUGAGCACAACUGUACUGAACAAGAGGGUGUGUAAGACUGGCAGUAUCACUAGAGGGAAUUUAAAAACAUUCGUUUUAUUUCAAGAAGAAAAACUGGAAUAUACUGAUUCAGAAAACAGGCUGUUAUUGUUUUGGAAUAACAUGUGUUAUGUCGAUUCCCCUUCUUCCAGAUAAUUUGUCUUAUUUGCUUUGUAUUUUUUACUGGUAUGUGAAUACCGCUAAAUACAGUAUAUAAACGGCGACGGCGACACAUAUCUCAUAACAACUAUCUGUCCCGAGCACUAUGGAGUUACCAGUGUAAGCCAAGACAUUCCACGCACGCAGGGAUGCAUGCACUAUCAUGGGCGGAAAAGGGAUAUGUUAUUCAUUGUCUGAAAAUGACUGCCGAUUGGUUUAAACUCUAUGUUAAAGGUGUUUUGAUUGUGCACGAUUAGGGGACAGUAUGUUGGUCCAUAGGCCAAUGUGUUAUGAUUGAAUGUCGAUAAGAAGGAAAUAAACUUGUGCAAAAUGAAGAUAACGAAAUCAUCAAUUGUCUGACUCACGGGCGUUUGUUAUGAAGUUAUUCUCAAUAAACACAAGCACUUAAUAAAUGUGAAAUAUGAUA